CUACUCCCAGACGGCCUCGCGGGGGACCGCCUAAGUAGGCGUGUGCUCCCGAUAUGCCCCGCGGCGCGCCAUUAACCGCCAGAUUUGAGUCGCCGGACGGUUUGGCAGAGGUGGCGGCGGCGGUAUGGGUGCCCCGAUGUUGCCCCCUGCCUGGCAGCCCUUUCUCAAGGACCACCGCAUCUCUACAUUCAAGAACUGGCCCUUCUUGGAGGGCUGCGCCUGCACCCCGGAGCGGAUGGCCGAGGCGGGCUUCAUCCACUGCCCGACUGAGAACGAGCCGGACUUGGCCCAGUGUUUCUUCUGCUUCAAGGAGCUGGAAGGCUGGGAGCCAGAUGACGACCCCAUAGAGGAACAUAAAAAGCAUUCAUCUGGUUGCGCUUUCCUUUCUGUCAAGAAGCAGUUUGAAGAAUUAACCCUUGGUGAAUUUCUGAAACUGGACAGAGAAAGAGCCAAGAACAAAAUUGCAAAGGAAACCAACAAUAAGAAGAAAGAAUUUGAAGAAACUGCAAAGAAAGUGCGCCGUGCCAUCGAGCAGCUGGCUGCCAUGGAGUGAGGCCUCUGGCCGGAGCUACCUGGUCCCAGAGUGGCUGCACCACUUCCAGGGUUUGUUCCCUGGUGCCACCAACGUUCCUGUGGGACCCUUGCAAUGCCGUAGGAAAGGAGGUCAACAUUUUCAAAUCAGAUAUUUCGACUAUACUCUUGUCUUGUCUUGAAAGUGGCGCCAGAGGUGCUUCUACUUGUGCAGCUGGUGCUGCUUAUAACAGUGACUGCUUCUCUCUCUCUCUCUCUCUCUCUCUCUCUCUCUCUCUCUUUCUUUCUCUCUCUCUCUCUCUCUCUUUCUUUUUUUAAGAGACAGGGUUUCACCAUGUUGGUCAGGCUGGUCUUGAACUCCUGACUUCAUGUGAUCCACCCACCUCGGCCUCCCAGAGUGCUGGGAUUACAGAUGUGAGCCACCACGCCCAGCCAUUUUUGCUUUCUUGAUUCCUGGACUUACCAGGUGAGAAGUGAGGGAGGAAGAAGGCUGUGUCCUUUUGCUAGAGCUGAUGGCUUUGUUUUCGUGGGCAGAGCCUUGGCAGUGAAUGUAUCUGGACCUCAUGUUGUGGACUGGCUGUCACUCAGUCCUGAGUGUGGACUUGGCAGGUGCCUGUUGAAUCUGAGCUGCAGGUUCCUCAACUGUCACUUCUGUGCUGCCUCAGUGGCCUUUUUUUUUUUUUUUUUUGGUAGAAGCAUGACUUGUGUAUGAUGAGGAGGGCAAUGGAGACAGAGCCCCCAGCUCCUCUAUAGUUUCUCAACGUGGUUUUCUUUUGUUUGAAUUCCUAAUUCACAGAAUAGCACAAACUGCAAUUAAAACUCAGCACAAAGCUAUUCUAAGUGAUUGGGGAAAUCCAUUUCGGGUGGAUGCGGAGACAGAAUAAGGUGACAGGAAGCCUCUAGCAGAAACUCCUUUAGGCAACUGCUGUGUGAUUAGACAGUGAGCCUCGGGGCAUAUGCUGGCUGUUCCUCCCUGAGAAAAAGGCAGUGGCCUGAAUCCUUUUUAAAUGACUUGGCUCGGUGCUGUUGGGGACUGGCUGGGCAGCUGCAGGCUGUGUGUCUGUCAGCCCAACCUUCACAUCUGUCAUGAUCUCCACAUGGGGGAAGGACGUACUCUGCCCAGGUCCCCGCUUUCUUCAGAGGCAGCAGCUCCUGCAGGGCUGAAGCCUGGCAUAAGUUGAUGGAUUUGAUUUCACCUCCUCCCUGUGGUAGAGCUGCAGGGUGGACUGUUACAGCUUCGUUGGAAAUCUCUGGAGGUCAUCUCAGCUGUUUCUGAGAAAUAAAAAGCGUGUCAUUUCAAA